AUGGACGGCGGGGGCUCCGGGCCGGCGCCCAACGCCGCGCGCACCGCGGACGAGGUCUUCCGCGACUACAAAGCCCGCCGCGCCGGCAUGAUCAAGGCGCUCACCACCGAUGUGGAGAGGUUCUUCAAGCUCUGUGACCCCGAAAAGGAGAACUUGUGCCUUUAUGGCUAUCCCAAUGAGACGUGGGAGGUGACCUUGCCAGCUGAGGAAGUGCCCCCAGAGAUCCCUGAACCAGCAUUGGGAAUCAACUUUGCUAGGGAUGGCAUGAAUGAGAAGGACUGGCUGGCGCUAGUUGCAGUCCACAGUGAUUCCUGGUUACUGUCUGUUGCAUUCUACUUUGGUGCACGGUUUGGAUUUGACAGAGAAGCUAGGAGGCGACUCUUUAGCAUGAUAAACAACAUGCCCACAAUAUUCGAGGUAGUGACAGGAGCGGUCAAGAAGCAGGCGAAGGAGAAGACACCUAACAGUAGCAGCAAGAGCAACAAGCCUAGUUCAAAAGUGGUAAAUGUCAGCCACUUUCUGUUGCCAUCCAACCUGGAAAUUCUUGCUGAUAACAUGCCAUUGUGUCCGCAGCAGUCAAGAGCAGAGUCUCGUUCAAAGGCUAAGGUUCCCAAAGACGAAGAAGAGAGCGGUGAUGACGAUGGGGAUGAGGAGGCGGAAGAGCACGACAACACCCUGUGUGGAACCUGCGGAACCAACGACGGCAAGGACCAGUUCUGGAUCUGCUGCGAUAACUGCGAGAAGUGGUACCACGGGAAGUGUGUCAAGAUCACGCCUGCCCGAGCUGAGCAUAUCAAGCAGUACAAGUGCCCGGACUGCACCAACAAGAGGGCCAGGGCGUGA